GGCUGAACUGUGCAAUUCGAUUUUUAUUUUAUGUCCCAUUAAAAUGAGCUGAAAUAAUUAGUAAAUCCCAACAAUUCUUGGACACAAUAGAAAUAUGUGACUGAAAAUGGAACAACCCAUUCCAAUUAGAUUUUUACAAGUGAAAUAGUCCCAAAAAGGUUUCCGCGAUGGAUGAUAACAACACAAUGACGUUUCAUUCAGUUGAAUUAUCAUCAUCCAUGUUUCAGAAACUGUAUGAACAGAAAAAGUCUAAUAGAUUUUGUGACCUAACACUGUAUGUAAAUAACAAGAUUAUAAAAGCUCACCGUAACGUUCUAGCAUGUAGUUCACCAUAUUUUGAUUCCAUACUUAAGCAUCACAAAGUUAUUAGAGAACAAUUGUCUGUAACUUGUUUAGAUAGUGAAAUAUUCAACACAAUACUCAAUUAUAUGUACACUGGUGAAAUAACCAUUGAACAUACCAAUGUAGAAGAAUUACUGAAGCUAGCUGAUCAUUUUAUAUUAACCAAAGUUAUAGAGUACUGCAUAGAAUUUUUGGGUACUAAACUGAACCUAGAGAAUUGUUUGUUUACAUACUUCCUGACACAGAGGUUUAAAUUGAAACAUUUAGGUAAUAUUGUAGAAAAUUGGAUUGUUAGUCAUAUUGAUGAGAUAUGCAAGGGUGAGGAAAUUGUCAAUUUGAGUCCCAAUGAACUGCAGGAAUUUUUUAAGAAUAAGAGUUUUGUGCUUACCACAUCCAAAUCUCUGUCUGUUUUAUCACAAUGGGUGUUAAUGGAUGUGGAAAAGCGAGAAAAGGACUUUGACAGGCUAAUUAAAUGUUUUCCUACCAAUAAUCUUGAACCAGCUGAAGUUUUUAAACACCUGGAUACAAACAUUCUUUACACAAAAAGUGAAUUGUGUUUGUAUAGGUUCUUAGAUUAUUUGGUUGUAAACAACUGGAUGUUGUCCAAUUUUAAAACCAGAUAUGAUGUUUUACAAGUAAAAUAUGGACAGAUGGCAUCAACACCAGUUAAAGACCAUGAAGUCAAGUUUGACAAGAUUAUAGUGACUGAAAAGAAUGACUCAAACAGUACUGAUAACUAUUUUAGUUCUGUAAUGGUGAAGGCAAAGCUGAAGAACAGAAAACAACUGAUAUUAAAAAGACUGAUGCUGUUUGGUUUGAAACCCAGCUUGCGAAUGGCGGCCUUAAAAAUGUUAACAUGUAAGAAGAAAAAAAUCAGUCUCACUGAUGAAGAAGUUGAAGAAGAACCUGAAGAGAAAGAGAGGGAGAGUGUCAAAUGUCCAAUUUGUUUUACAACUAUUAAUGAUAGUUUAUUGUUGGAGCAACAUUUGGCCUUAAGUCAUGCAAAAGACGUAACUUAUAAGUGUGGAAUUUGCUCUUUCGUUUGUCAGUAUCAUGGUGAUUAUUUGAAUCACAUGAAAACACAUUUUACUGGGCCACCCUUCAAAUGUGACUAUUGCGACUACACAUCUGAUCAAAUCGGUAAACUAAUCUCGCACCGCGCUCAACAUUUGGAGGAGUCAAUUUUUCAGUGCACAUUUUGCUCGUUCAAAUGUCGCAUAAAACAAAACUACGAAGCCCACGUUAAAAUCCACAGUCCCGAAAAGGCCUUUAAAUGUGAACACUGCACCAAAUCCUUUAGACUCAAGCAGAACCUCGAAUCUCACCUACUCUCCCACACUUCCGAGAAGAAUCUCACGUGCGACUCGUGUGGUUUUCACACUAAGUACCUAAGCCACAUGAUUGCACACAAAAGAAUCCACGCUGCGGACCGAUACCGUUGUUCUUACCCCCACUGUCAGUACACAACAUCGAAAAAGAAUCAACUGGCGAGCCACGCGAAAAGCCACAACGGGGUGCGACCCCACACCUGCGGAGUUUGCGGUCGUGGGUUCAUGGAGAAGUCACACCUGGUGCGCCACGAAAGGAUCCAUCUGGAGGAGAAGCCGUUCAAGUGUUCGAACUGCGACUACGCUAGUUCGAGGCGUGACAAAUUAAAGGAGCAUUUCACUAGACAUCACGGGGAGAACGCCUCGGCGAAGGUGCCGUACAAAGCGAGGCCGUUGCGUAACAACAACAGCUCCAGACCCAAGUCACAAAGUAACCAGGAAACGACAACAACGACAAACAGUUCUAAUAAUAUAAACUUCACACAAACCAACAGCACGACCAGUGCCCCAGUUACACAGCCCAUAGGUAGUGAAAUCCAGGACUUGAUUAUGCACCACCAGAACCACUCGAUCUCGAGCGCAGCAAGUAAUUUAACAGCAAUCAAUUCCAACUAUCAUCAUUUCGGAGAGUCGGGUGAUUUUCACCAUCACAACCAUGCGCACAACAUUCACAACCAGAUAUUAGCGUCCGGUCACAACCAAAGAAACUCUUCUAGUCAACAUCACAACAACAAUAUAGUUAACCAUCAUAUGUUAGCAAGAAGCAACCAUUCAACUGCCACUUCUACGGCUGCGGCUGUUGCGGCCGCUAUGAUGUUGGAUCCGCGUUUCCAUCAUAAUUCUAGCGUGCCAUAUCAUCCAAGUACCACACCUGUAUCGAUGGCAAUGGCCGCAGUGCAGUCCUCUCAGCAGAUCCAGGCGUCUGGACAGCACAGCGAUUAUCCCCCCAAUUUGCAAAACUGCAUGACCCUCUUCUAGUCGACAAUUCGUGAUUGAGUAUUAUUUUGUGAUUUUCUAAGAUUUAUUGAUACUCUAUUAGUGUUGUUAUUGUUAUGUUUUUAUUUGUUUUUUCUAAUUCAAUGGAUAAUUAAUGCACUAAAAUUGUAAUUAAUAAAAUAUGUGUAUUUA